AGAUCUCCCCACAAGGCCUGUCUAUACUCAAGGGAGUUAACAUCGCCUCAUAUUUAGUAUAAUCUGCAAACUUAGUAUGCAUUCCAGUCCUGCAUCCAGACACUACCUCCACAUCGAACCUUUCCUUUGCAAAAAGAAACCCGCUUGACCCUGUAGAGAGGGGUGUGAUUUAAAAGGCUUGGAGAACAUCACUGAUUUUGUUGAGUUGCUUCCUAAAUUUCUAAAAUAUCGAAUCAAAGCAUAGGAACCAAAUCAAAGAAACAAGGGGUUGUACAUCUACCGUUUUAUGUCAUUAGCAAAAUCUAUAUAGGUUUUAUUCUGGUUGGACCUGCAGAGCAGCCUCUGGGAGACUGCUGGCCUUAAGGAGCAUCACCUGGGUACAUAGCUACUCCCUUGCAAAAGCAGUGCUAUGGAAAUCACAGAGCAUUUACAGGAAGUGGCAGCAAACUAGGAAGAGAUUGCUACAUUCUUUAGUUAACAUUGCUUGGGAAACUGAUUUCCCUCCCCAGAUGGAAAACGCAGAGGGACAUCAAGGAGGCCAGAAGAGAGCUAUCACACAGGGAAGGGGAAGCAAGGUCUAGGUAAGAAGUGAUCCCCUUUAAACACAGCUUUAUGUGCUUCUUUUGAGUCGAAACACCCAUGGUACAGCACCAGCAACAAGUGCUGGACAGCAACAUCUGGCUGUUCCACUGUGAUGUCACUCUGACGACGUGUGGGUGUCAUGGUGAUGCUCAAGCAUCUCCCACCAGAACGCCCAGGCAGACCAGCUGGGUCUCACUUGCUGACUGGCAGGACGAAGACUAAGCCGGCCACUGAAAUGGCUUCAGGCGGAAACUUCAGUGAAAAUGAGACAAAAAAAAUUAAAAGGGAGCCGCUUCCAGCAGAAACUUCACCUGUUUCUGCUCCAGACAAGCUGGUUGAAUCCUCAGAGUCCCCUUCUGCUGAGCCUCUGGGACAGGAUAGAGGAACAGCUUGUGAUGGUGCUGCAGCAUCAAUAAAGGAAGAAAAGGAUUGCCCAGCUUCCACUGAUAACUGUGAGAGCAAACCCUGUAGUUCUUCCGAGGAGAGCGCUGUCAAAGCCAAUGUCUUCUCCUUCCUCAGUUUCCCAAAGAAACUGUGGCAACUAGUUGAAAGCAACGAGUUUAAGACCAUUUGGUGGGGUUGCUGCGGAAGCUGUAUUGUGAUUGAUGAGGAAAUAUUUAAAGUGGAAGUGCUGGGAAGGACCGGGCCUCAGAAAAUUUUUGAGACUGAGAGCAUGAAAAGUUUCAUUCGUCAGCUUAACCUGUACGGAUUCACCAAAAUGCAACAGGACUUCCAAAGAUCUGCCUCACUUCCUGAAUUCCUGGCAGAAGAAGAUGCAUUUUCUGCUCACAGGAAGUUACUCCUCUACCACAACCCCAACUUCAAGAGAGAUUCUCCCCACCUGCUCGUCAACUGCAAGCGCCGUGCUGCCCUGAAGAGGAAAGCCACGGCUGCCCCUGCAACGCAGGCGGAUCUGUAUGGAAACUGCCCCGGCAGCAGCCCAGGCAUCCAGCAUGGGUGGGGAGCAGAUGCCGGGCAGGAGAAGGACGUGAUGGCAGCAGCUCCAGCAGAAGACACGCAGACAGCAGCCCCCACAGGGUCCCCACUCCCAAAGCGCCAGGCAAAAGCCACCCCCCAGGCUAGCGGUGCCCAUCCAGCCUCGUGCGCGGAUGCUCCCUCCCUGCCAGGCCCCGCUGCAGACGCAGCAGGCAGGGACAAGCAACAGCCUCCAGCCUCCUCCCAGCUGCCACCACGCAGCAGCCAGAGCCCAUCUGCCUCUCCUACUCCCACACGGUACUACUUUCUGCCUCUCAUGGGAGCCGGCUCGGCACCUACGCACCAAAACGCGCCAGCUCCACGGUUUCCCUGGGCCGCCAUACCUCCCUUCCGUCCAUUUGCAAUUCCUGAGCCGGCAGAAGCCUCCGCCACGGCCAUGCCGAAUCCAGCCGACUGGCAGCCCUCAGCAGCCCCACACUGCCCAACUUGCACCUGCAGCCCAAACAAGGCAGCUGCAGGCGAUGGGCUGGAACCCUAGUGCAGGACCCAUUGGAGACAGUGGGGAGAGCGGCACCCAGUUACAGGUUCCUAGUUGUUCCUAGUUGUUCCUAGUUAUUCAUAGUUCAUAGGCUGAUUGUUUUGAAAAUAGUUGUUUG